AUGAGUGUUGUUGCCAGUAGACCGGAGAGCCCUGCUGCGCCCUACGCCAUACCCGGAUCCAAUUGCAGAGAAUUUGCCGUGACCGUUCAGCCCGCAUCGCGCACCUCCUCCAUUUCCUCGUACCGAACGAACUACAGCGCGUCCACCGCCCCGACUGCAUACUCGCCUUCCUCGCCGGCCUCCUCCUAUCGCCAAUUCGAUUCGUUCGGCUCCAUUGAAAAGCCUGUUGAACCCGUGCAGCGCCGACUACCCCAGGAGGUCUACGAUGUUAUCCUGAACCACCUAGAAACUUUGCACAAAGCACCGCACCAGACGGGUUGCACGACCUGUUUUCAACGCGACCUCCAUGCCUUGUCCCUAACAUGUCGGUCUUGGGAGAAGGCUGUUCGAGGACGACUUUACACCAAGAUACACAUCGUCGGGAUUGAUUCUCCGGCUCAACUAAAGAAAUACCGUCUGAAGAGAGGCAGCCGCUUGAAGCUGCUACGACGCAGUCUGCGCGAACGGAAAUUGCUAGCCAACCUCGUCCGCGAACUCAGGGUUCCCCAGUUGGACUUGCUCUUCACAACGACAAAGCAAAGCGCGCAAUGGGAGGAAUAUCGCGACUUGGUCGCGUCCGUGGUCAUGGUUUGCCCGAACCUGGAGCGCCUGUUGGGCCUGUCCAUCCCUUAUCAUCACGAGUUUGACCGCCUUACACACGCGCUGUCAACUCGCAAGCGCUUGAAGGAACAUACUUGGGUUCUGGGUGAGGCCGCAGAAGUUUCGGAGGUAUCGCCUCGUAGCACCUCCUGUCCCGGAAGCCUGGGACCCUCCCAGAUGUUUGAGUUCUUGAAUUAUCAUGUGUCGUGGACGAACCUGGAGACCCUGAUGCUUUAUGGCUUGAAUGGGAACGGAGCUCUGGAACCGAGUGUUUGCCUGCGCAUGUUUGGUCUCUUGCCCUCCUUGCGACACUUGUGCAUCUCUUCCUUCAACGAGGACGCGUUUGCGGACAGCACCUUGUUAUGUCUGCCACAGCUGGAGUCUUUGAGAUUGGAAAAUCUGCCCGGUGUCACCGAGACUGGUCUCACACAAUACACCUCGCGCCCCGAGUCUCGGUCACUCAAGUCACUCGCCCUGGUGGAGCAGAACAUUGGGUCUUUGCUGGUCAUUUCCAAGGUUCUCUCCUCACUUAGACAGCUUGAGCGUUUCAAGUUCGUGCAGGCAGAGAAAUGUCCGAUCAUGCCAGAUCAGGACAUGAUCCUUCAACCGAUCUUGGCAUCAUCGAGCCUCAAGUUCCUCCAUUGGGAUGUGGCCUGUCCCGAUCCCGGCACGGCGCUCACCCAGCUCAACAGUCUUCCUUUCCAGAAAUCCCCGAAACUCACCGAUACUCCCAACUCUCACCUCGCCCAAAGCAUCCUGUCUGCUGGAUUCCCUUGCCUCGAAACACUCCGCGCCCCUAACGACGUGGAACCUCCGGGUGCCCUGCAGGCAAUUUGUCGACCUAUCCUCAACGGCCAGGCUUUACUCAAGCCAGAUCGGUACAGCCUGCCUCGCAGCUCACACGGCUCCGUCAGCACUCGGCCGCUUGCCCUGCCCGCAGGAAACAACCUGACUUCCUCUCGAAUUCGUGCACAGACUUUUAUCGAUAUGGCUAUCAAAGACACGGAGAACGGCAUGCCCGUGUUAAUCCAGGAUUACUCUGACAGUUAUGUGCCUGACCAUGCCCCGGCCGUUGAAGAAGAGCCCGAGCCCGAGGUUGAUGACUACGGCAUUUGGGCUGCAUCUGAGCGAUAUAAGAACGAGCCACCCGAGCACGACGGUCCCAAGACUGUAUACAAAUUCCGGAUGCCUGCUUUCAUGGGCCGUUCCGGCCUCAGAGACCCUGCCACUGGAGCAUCAAUUCCCCGAUUCCUCCUCCGUCCAGACAUCUCCGGGCAAGAAUCAGACGGUGGCUUGGUUGGGUGGAAGCAUCUCCUUGCAUCUAAUCAGUCACUUUCGUAUGCUGCCGGAAUGGGCGUACAUUGCUUCGACAGCAAAGCCAAAGCCAUGCCCGAUGCACCACCACCGCCACCCAUUGAGGAAGUGGCUUCGCCGUCGUCUACUACGUCGCGAUUCGGCUGGGGCAGCUUGAGCGGUCGGUCCAACACGGGCUGUCCGCCCACCCCCAUAACACCAAUCACACCCCUGAGCAACGUCUCAAACCAUGCAUUGCCCUGGGAGAAAGAUACUUGCACCGGAUCCUGGAACCACAAGAUGGGCCGGGACUGGUGGUUCCACAUGGAACGGGAUCGCCCGGGAAACACAGAGCUUAUCGACGUGAAGCAGCUCUUCUAA